AGGUGAUUAAGAAAAAAAGGAAAGAGAAUUAAAAAAGAGGAACUACCUACAAACAAAGCAAAAGAAGGUUAAGGAAAAAACUAGGGACGAAACGCUAUAAUCCAGAUGCAUAUGCGCACCGUAGUUGACAUAAGAUGGAAAGGAUGCGGAUUGAAGAAGCAAGGAUCAGAUUAUAGCCCAUCAAAUUAGAAAUACUAGUAAUUGCAAAAAUAUCGUGUGUAUAUAUACACCCGGGUGUACGGUAUAGGUGCUUCAUACUAAACCGUCAAAAACAAAGCCCUCAUCCACGUAAGAGCACCUUCUAUGCUACAAUGUGCACCAAUAAUUGUAGCUUUGUAUCUCUCAUACGUGUGAUAUGGGGUGGUGGAUCGAUAAUUUUCGAGUAUACGAGUGAUAGCACUAGCCCUUACAAAGGGAAAUUGUUUUUAUUUGAUAGUAGUCCUUCCGCUAUCAAUGGAAUAUACCGCCGUGGUUGCCGCUGUCGCUGACGAACGGCGGAAGGCUCAGUCGCGGCCUAAGCGCUUUGUGAAGAACCAAAUCCCAGAUUCGGUACUGAAUGAUGCGGCUCUCAACGCUGCCAUCUCCCUCCUCCCAAUCAACUAUAACUUCGAGAUUCACAAAUGUGUUUGGCGCAUCCGAUGCAGGGAGGCUAAACGUGUCGCUUUGCAGUUCCCGGAGGGUCUCCUCAUGUAUUCCCUCGUCAUCGUCGAUAUCAUCUCCACCUUCACUUCCGUCACGGACUGCUUUGUUCUCGGCGACGUCACCUACGGCGCCUGCUGCGUGGACGACCUAUCAGCCCGCGCGCUCUCCGCCGACCUCCUGAUUCACUAUGGCCACAGCUGCCUCGUUCCCAUUGAUGUGACCACGAUCCCCUGUCUCUACGUCUUCGUUGAUAUCGCUAUCGAUGUAAGCAAACUUCUGGACGAAUUAAAAAACAAUUUCUCUCCGGAGCAGUAUGAAAAUUUCAUUAUGGCGGGUACAAUCCAGUUCUCUAAUGCAAUUCGAGCCGUUAAACCGGAGCUUGAAAAGCUAGGGUUUAGGGUUUUGAUACCACAAUCCAAGCCCCUGUCAGCGGGAGAAGUCCUCGGGUGCACGGCUCCAACUGUCAGUAGGAAGAUUUGCAGUCCGGAAACCGCAGUUUUGAUCUUCGUUGCGGAUGGGAGGUUUCAUCUGGAGGCAUUUAUGAUAGCAAAUCCAAUGAUAAAGGCGUACAGGUACGAUCCAUACAUUGGGAAACUGUUUGUUGAGGAGUAUGAUGAAGAGGGGAUGAAGGAUGAGAGGAGAAAAGCAAUAGAGAAGGCUAAGGGGGCAAGGAAUUGGGGAAUAGUCUUGGGGACUUUAGGGAGGCAGGGAAACCCCAGGAUAUUGGAUCGGUUGGAGAAGAAGAUGGAGGAUAAAGGGAUGAGUUGGACGGUGAUAAUGAUGUCAGAGAUCUCUCCUGCUAGAAUAGGUUUGUUUGAUGAUUCCGUGGAAGCUUGGGUGCAGAUAGCCUGCCCCAGGUUGUCCAUUGAUUGGGGCGAUGCCUUUGGGAAGCCGCUUCUGACAGCUUUUGAAGCUGAGAUUGCUUUGGGUGAUCUUGCUGGGUGGUGGGAGAGAAGAAAGUCUGGUUCCGCACAACUUUGCGCAUGCAACAGGAAAGAAGAAGAAGAUUAUUACCCAAUGGAUUAUUAUUCUCAGGAUGGCGGGGAGUGGAAUUCUUGCUACUCUAAGAACAACACUGCCACAAAAACAUCACAAGAAAAGAACACACGCAAUCUUUGCAGCUCCCCAUCAACUGCUGGUUGCUGUUAAGAUCCCCCGGUGGACUUUUUUCGUUUAAUUGAUGAAUUGAUUGAUGACCGACUAUAUUUCUGCAUUCGAUGAAGAGGAAAAUGGUUUUUAUUUCCCCUCUGCAUUUCCUGCUUACCUGCUUAUAGAGUGCAUUGUUGAAGGCUAGAAGAUAUCUGGCUGUUUUUUAUACAAUUAAUUAACUAGCAAUAAAGUUGAUAUUAAGCUAGCUGCUUUUUAUAAUCUUGGUCUUGGACAUACGUUCUCAUAACCCUGAAUCUAUAGACUACCAUCCCAAGAUAAUUCUUGGCGUACACAUGUUUAAAAAAUGUCUUCACAGGCGUGUGUAGUACAAAAAGUUUUUUCAAUGAAUUUAUCUUUUUAUUGUUGCUAUUAAU